GAUGCUGGAGGGCCCGGUGCCGGAGGAGUCGGAGCACAGGUCCCAAGGGCCGUGCGCUGGGUCUUGCCACGCGCAGCGCCUUCUGCAGACCCUCAAUGCGUACCGACUGAGCGGCACCUUCACCGACGUGGUGCUGCGCGCCGGUGACCGAGAUUUCCCGUGCCACCGCGCGGCACUCAGCGCGGGCAGCGCCUACUUCCGCAGCCUGUUCGCCGCGGGGCAGCCGGAGCGCGGCCUGGCCGUAGUGCCCGUGGCGCCCGUGGCCUCGGAAGCGCCGGGCGCGGAGCCGGGCGUGGCGGCGGCGGCUCUGGCCGUGGUGCUUGACUACGUGUACGGGGCGGGCGUGCGGCUGCGCGCUGAGGACGAGGCGGCCGCCGUGCUGGCGCUCGCCGAGCGGCUGGGCGUGGCGGGCCUGCGCGAGGCCUGCGCCAGCUUCCUCGAGGGUCGCCUGCGCGCCGCCAACAGCCUGGCACUGCGUCGCGUGGCCGCCGCCUUCUCGCUCGCCUCGCUGGCCGAGCGCUGCGGCCGCGUGCUGCGCCAGGCCUUCGUCGAGGUGGCGCGCCACGCCGACUUCCUAGAGCUGGCGCCCGAGGAGGUGGCGGCGCUGCUGGCCGACCCGGCGCUGGGUGUGGCACGCGAGGAGGCCGUGUUCGAGGCGGCCAUGCGCUGGGUGCGCCACGACGCGCCGGCCCGCCGCGGGCAGCUGAGGCGCCUGCUGGAGCACGUGCGGCUGCCCCUGCUGGCGCCCGCCUACUUCCUGGAGAAGGUGGAGGCCGACGAGCUGCUGCAGGCCAACCGCGAGUGCCGCCCGCUGCUGCUCGAGGCCCGCGCCUGCUUCAUCCUUGGCCCCGAAGCUGGUGCACUGCGGGCCCGGCCGCGAAGAUUCAUGGACCUAGCUGAAGUGAUCGUGGUCAUCGGCGGUUGUGACCGCAAGGGGCUCCUGAAGCUGCCCUUCACUGAUGCCUACCAUCCAGAGAGCCGGCGCUGGACCCCACUGCCCAGCCUCCCAGGAUACAUGCGCUCAGAGUUCGCCGCCUGUGCUCUGCGCAAUGACAUCUAUGUUUCCGGAGGCCACAUCAACAGCCAUGACGUUUGGAUGUUUAGCUCCCCUCUGCACACCUGGAUCAAGGUGGCCUCGCUGCUCAAGGGCAGGUGGAGGCAUAAGAUGGCAGUCAUGCAGGGGCAGCUGUUCGCGGUGGGCGGCUUUGAUGGCCUUCGGCGCCUGCGCAGCGUAGAACGCUAUGACCCCUUCUCCAACACCUGGGCGGCAGCAACACCUCUCCCAGAGGCUGUGAGCUCAGCUGCAGUGGUGGCCUGCGCCGGCAGGAUCUACGUGAUCGGGGGCGCCGGGCAGGACGGUGUCAGCAUCAACAAGGUGCAGUGCUUUGACCCUGAGGAGGACCGGUGGAGCCUGCGAUCACCGGCGCCCUUCUCACAGUGCUGUCUCGAGGCUGUCUCCCUUGAGGGCACCAUCUAUGUGGUUGGAGGCCUCAUGAGCAAAAUCUUCACUUAUGACCCUGGCACAGAUGUCUGGGGGGAGGCAGCUGUCCUCCCCAGCCCUGUGGAGAGCUGUGGCUUGACUGCGUGUGAUGGGAAGGUCCACAUCCUUGGUGGGCGGGAUGAUCUUGGGGAGAGCACCGACAAGGUCUUCACCUUUGAUCCCAGCAGUGGGCAGGUGGAGGCCCAGCCAUCCCUACAGCGCUGUACCAGCUCCCAUGGUUGCAUCACCAUCAUUCAGAGCCUGAGCAGGUGACACAGA